AUGCAAUCUGAAAUCACAGUCUCACUUCCCAAAUACUUGCAGGAGGAAGAAACAGUUUCGCGGGAAUGCCAAGACUUGAUCUCCACGCUACCGAAAGAAAAGGGAUGGCUCACUUCUCAUCUAUAUAAGUAUCAGGGGUUUUGGUACACUGCUAGGUAUCUCCAGGGGACCAUUUACUGUCAGAAUCAUUUCCAGGCUCAGGACUCUGAUAUCCUCCUUGUUACCACUCCGAAAUCAGGCACAACAUGGCUCAAAGCAGUUAUCUUCACCCUAGUGAACCGAACCCGAUUCCCCAUUGGCAAGAACCACCAUCUGAACAGUCAAAACCCCCAUGAUCUUGUACCCUUUCUGGAGAUCAAACUCUUUCCUGAAACCCAAAAUCCUGAUUUCUCUUCCUUCUCUAAACCGCGCAUUUUCGCCACUCACUUGCCUUACACCUCUCUGCCAGAGACUCUGAAGAAAGACUGUCAAUGUAAACUUGUUUACCUGUGCAGGAACCCAAAGGACAUCUUCGUGUCCUUAUGGCAAUUCACAAACAGGUUAAAACCACCGGGGGCUCAAACCAAUACAAUCCAAGAUGUUCUUGACAAGUUCUGUCAAGGAGUAAGCCUGUUUGGGCCUGUCUGGGAGCAUGUAUUGCAGUACUGGAAUUUUAGCAAAGAAAACCACAACAGGCUCCUCUUCUUGAAGUUUGAGGACAUGAAAGAGCAUCCUGGCAUCCAGCUACGACGCCUGGCAGAGUUCCUGGGAUGUCCAUUUUCUCAAGAGGAGCAAAACUCUGGGCUGGUGGAAGACAUCCUAGAAAUCUGCAGCUUCAAACACCUGAGCAGCCUCGAAAUUAACAGGAAUGGUAAACUGGCAUCUGGCGAGGAAAAUAGCACAUUCUUCCGGUGUGGCACCAUAGGAGAUUGGAAAAACCAUCUAACCACUGAGAUGGCUGAGAGAGUUGAUCGAAUUACUGAAGAAAAGCUCGAUUCCUCGGGAUUGACUCUCUGAUUCUUCCCCAAUCAGACAGAGACGGGAUGCAUGGAGUAAUAUAUUAAAUAUGCGGGGAGUAGGGAUUCUUGGCGGGUCCUGGAUUCCAGGUCCCACGUAGCCCCAGGCGUACAUAGUGCCUGAGUAAAAAGGUGGGGUCCCGGGAGCUGGAGCAAAAUUAUAAUAAGGAGUUGAUGUAGUUGCAGACAUGCAGCCCAUUCCCUUCUCUUCUUUAAUUUCCUGCCAACUUUUAAUUGACUAAAAUAUUAUUUAUAAAAAAUUUGUAGUGUAUUCUACUAGGUAGCUAGUGUUUGAAUAUGACAGAGAAGUGUGGGUUCUGUUCUGUAAUCUUUUCUGUAUCUCUAACGAAUCCACUCUCGUGGUCCUGUCGAGAGAGACGAGGGAGUCGGAGUCCCGGGAGCCCCCAAUACUCAACCGGAUCUUCCUGCUCUCAUGCAACUUUAUCAUCCGUGGGGUUUAAGUUCAUUUCAUUUUUAUAACUAGAUCGGAGCUGAUUAAUUUAUUACACUAUAUAAUAAUAUUAUACUUAGUACAUACUUCUUCGUCUUCAUAAAUAAAUAUUCAAAGUAGGGAAGAGACAUUAUUUAUUAUAUUUUAUUUUUAUAUUUAUAUAUAGAUAUGUAUUCUUGAAACUUCCAUCUUCCCACUAUAUUAUUACAUAGCUUUUUGUAUCAAAUUAGGACAGAAAAGGCAGGCUAUACAUACAUAUAUGAUAUAUAUAUAUGUAUAUAUGAGAGUUGCAUGCUCUAACCCUAGCUACUUUUUCUUGGAUCAGAUCA